AUCAAUCAAAAGAUUGUAUAUAAAACGUAUUUUACUUUAAAACGGCUUCUUUUCUAACAUUUUUCGUAUCUGUAUUUAAUUAAAUCUAUUUUUCAAUAAAUUCUGUAAAUUUGAGCUCCAAUAUAUGUUUGAUUCAAACUUUAUGUUCAUUACAUAUAUUUAUACUUGAUAAAUAAAAUCAAGAAAGAACUGUGACUUAGAUUAUCAACUCUAUUUACUAAAUAUACUACUUCGUGUGUUUAGAAAUUGUACCUAGUUUAUUUUAAAUUGUGUCUAAUCUUACUCACUAUGUCUUUAUCCCAUUUUGAUGAAAAAAGCGGCAUUGUUUCAGUAAAAACACCAUGGGGUCGUUGGUGGCAAACUGUAGCUGAAGUUUUUGUUGAAGUUAACGUCCCACCUGGAACACCGGGGAAAGAAUGCGCCAUUAAAAUUGAAUCCAAAUAUAUAGAGUGCCGUGUCAAAGAUAAGUGCUAUUUUAAGGGUGCUUUAUAUAAACCAAUUCGUGUACAAGAAUCUACUUGGUCUCUAGAAGAAAGAAAAACAAUUCUGUUCCUUCUUGAGAAAGCUGAAAAAUAUGAAAAUGAAAACAUAUGGCCUAGUUUAUUAGAAAAGGAAUAUAGUGCAGAUCCCUACACUCAACAUGAAAUGUUAAAAAAAUUAGAUCUAGAGAAAUUUCAAACAGAAAACCCUGGAUUUAAUUUCAGUGGUGCUGAAUUGUCCAAAACAUACAAUAAUCCACCUUUUCUAGAUCAGAAAGAAGCCAAGUAAUAAAUUAAAUGUUCAUUUUUUUUCAGCUGGAUAAGUUGCUGGACUGAUCAAUUUUAGAUGAACAAGUUUAAAUUGUUUUUAUACUUAAAUUAAAAUAUUAUUUUAAUUUAUGUUUUGAUUUUUUAAAAAAAAGUAUUACACUUUCAGCCAUAUUGUUUUGUUGUUUGUCACAUUUGUAAAUUGUACAGUCAUAUUGUUUUUUUAUUUUUUAUAUUGAAACAUAAAUAAACUAUGUUUAAAAAAUUGUGAUAAAUCUAAAGUGUACUGAAAGAGUUGAUGAUUAUUAAAGAGACAAAAUUAAUUUAAUUGUACUUAUUAUACAUUAAUUUUCAAAACUGAAUGUUUGCUUGAUUAAUGAACUGCGUACAUGCUUGUAAUGUGAAAAAGACUGUUACUUAAAACUGAAUUAAAAUAAAAUUACUACAUAGUAGGAGCUACUACAUAGAAUUUUCAUUCAUCAGUGAUGUAAAUCUAUUUCAUGGACUCGGAUCUAAUGGUUUCACUAGAACAUCCAUAGUAGUACAGCAUUCAUCAUCAGUACUGAAUGUGUAUUCCAAAUCAGAGGACUACCAAAGUGAAACUGGUUUAAAUGUGGUUGCCAAAAUAAUAUUCUUUGUGGAGAGACAGAAGCAAUUUAUAUAACCAGAAUAGCAAUUGCAAAGAUACCUUUGUCAGCUUGGAAGUUUCUAUGAAAACUGUCACUGGAAUUACCAUCAUAGUUAUCAGGAGUAUGGCUGUCGGAUCAUCACAUUUAGGAUAAUUGCUGCAUCCUGAUUGAACAAGUUUAAAAAAUGAUGCAAAUAGUUUGGCACCGACUGAUUCAAUCUAAUAGUUUAAUUUUAAGGGUUUGUGUAGUUAAUUAUAUAUGAACUCUAUAUAUUAAUUAAACCUGCAUAAAUAAAAAAUUACACCAAAA